UAAGUAUGCGCAAAAACACGCGGCCAGGGCUUCUAGAAUCAAACAGUGGCAUGAUGUACUGGGAGCCCGCCCUUGUUUUUUACCUUUCGGUUCGUUGCGCGAGGGUAAUGGUGAUCGUUGGGAUCCACAGGAGGUAUGUAAGUAAGACGGCCGAUGUACCUGAUGAUCCGCAUACUGUUGUGAUAGGUGUGGGCCCUGCAUAAUUGGUGUGUUAUUGUGUCCAGGGUGUCAGCCUUGUGGAGGAUGGGCG